UCUCUCUCUCUUUGCACAGUGACUACUGGGGAUGGGCUGCACCGCCCGGACAGUCUGGGCUGUGGUCACGGCCCCAGGCAUAAUCUAAGGAAACAGCGGCAAAGAUCAGGAGCGUCCCCGGCCCCGGGGCCCCGGCAGCCCCCUGCCCGCUCGUCUCGGCCGAGUCAGGCUCUCUCCAGGCCUCCUCCCCCGCCCGGAGCCCCCCGCCCGCUAGACCGUGUCCCCACGGCAAACAAAGGAAAGGCGUCCACGCGCGGCGGCGGCCGCGUCCCCGACUCGGUCCCCGGGUUCUCCUUCCGCUUCAGCUCCGGCCCCGUCGGGUCGAGCGUAAACAGGCGAGAGGAGAAGGAGGGAGGCGAGAGGAAGAAAGGAGGAGAAAAGUGAUGGACAAGACUUCUAAGCCACGCCAACUUUUCUAGUGCGUCCGGAUAAGCCCCGCCCCUUACGUUACCAAGCUAAGCUCCGCCUCCAACUCAGGCCAGCCACUCGCCUCCAUGGAGAUAGUCCCGCCCCAGCCCUUCCGGGCCUCCGCUCCCCACGAGCUACGGACCCGCCUUCAUCUCCACGCACGGUGGGCGGGGCCGCAUUGGCGCCAAGUUUGACUUAACCGACUCCCAGGCGGGGCUUUAGAUGGAUCGCUGUGUCCGCGCUGAGGACGGAGAAGCUGCCUGGGCCUCCACCACAACCGUCCCCUCAUUUUCCUAGGUUGUAAGAGUGAAAAAUAAAACAUAAAAAGAACCAAUGAAAAGAAAAUGGGAAGAAAAAUUGAAGAAGAUUGGAGAACGAGCAUCCCAGUAUGAAAGGAAGCCACUGGGCUCAGUCUACAGGCCACGGCUGUCUAAGCCAGAGGACCCAUCCUCUGUUUGGAAGCUGUUUCAUCGUCAAGCUCAAGCUUUUAGCUUUGUCAGAACCUGUAAAGAGGAUGUACAUGUAUUUGCUUUGGAACAUAAAGUGGGAGAUGGACAACGCAUAUACCUUGUAACAACUUAUCCUCAGCUCUGGUUUUAUUAUAAGUCCCGGAAAAAUCUCAUGCACUGCUAUGAAGUUAUUCCUGAAGAUGCUGUUUGCAAGCUUUAUUUUGACUUGGAGUUUAGCAAACCUGCCAAUCCAGCUGCAGAUGGGAAAAAGAUGGUUUCACUACUAAUUGAGCAUGUUUCUACAGCCCUUCAAGAGUUAUUCAAUGUUAAUUGUUCAGCAGAAAAUGUUCUCAACUUGGAUUCUAGCACUGAUGAAAAGUUUAGCCGACAUUUAAUAUUUCAGCUCCGUAAUGUUGCAUUUAAAAAUAAUGUCCAUGUUGGUAAUUUUGUUAGAAAAAUUUUGCAACCUGUGAUUGCAUUAGAUGACAGUAAAAUUAAUGAAAAGAUACCAGGACGUGGAUUUUCCUCUUCUUCAAAAACAAUAAUGAAACCAGAAACCUCUUUUACAAAUGUAUUUGAAGAUAAAAAUGCUACCAAAAGUCAGCCCUUUAAUUCAAGUAAAGUAGAAGAUUUGGGGACAUCUGAGCAAAAUGGGCCAGAUCUUUCCUUUUUAAUUGUGAAGAAUAAAGGAGGAGAUGAUCACCUUUUUGUAGAUGUGGGAGUUUAUACAAGAAAUAGAAACUUCCGGCUGUACAAAUCAUCCAAAUUGGGCAAAUAUGUGCCUUUGGAAGUAGCUGAAGAUAACAAAUUUCUUCCUAAACAAUCAGAGACUGUUUCUGAAGAAAACCAGUAUUUCCUUUCUUCUUUGGUCACCAACAUCAGAUUUUCAGACACUUUACGAAUCCUUACCUGUGACGUGCCACUAAGUAAACAGAAAAGGACUGAAAGUUUCAACAGUGCCUGUACUAAAGUGGGUGUCAUGGAAGGCUUCCAGUGUUCACCAUACCCUGAAAUUGAUAACUUUGUUCUUUCUGUGGUGAAUAAAAAUGGUGUCAAAGGAGGGAUUCGGUGUUGGAACUACUUUUUCCCAGAAGAAUUACUUGUUUAUGAUAUUUCUAAGUAUCGCUGGUGUGGAAAUAUUAAAAGAGCCCACAAGAGUAAUAACAUAAUGAUUCUGGUGGAUCUGAAAAAUGAGGUUUGGUAUCAAAAAUGUCACGACCCUGUCUGCAGAGCAGAAAACUUCAAAUCUGAUUAUUUCCCUUUACCAACUGAAGUGUGUCUUUUAUAUCUGUUCAAAGAGGAUGAUGAAGACCACAGUUUGAAUGAGACCGAAACUAGGAACAUUGAAACUAACCCCAAAUCCUCAAAUCCUCAAGAAUUAUCUUUUAGUACAAUGACAAGAGAGGUGCCUUCGGACGCAGACUGGGAUAAUGGCAUUGAUGACACCUGUUUUUUGGAAGCCGUUGAAGAUGCUGAGCUAGCCGAAGCUGCAGAGAAGAGUCUGGCCAGUGAUGGUCCCAUAGGGGAUGAGAUUCCUGAUGCACUCAUCAUGGAAAUGUUAGAAGAAGAGAAUACAAAUAGGAGUGUGACUUGACUUAAGAUAGUGGCCAAAGGUCAAAUGUUGGCCUGUCAGAUUCAAUGUAAACCAAUGAACUCACUGUUGUUAGUAGUGAUGGAGAACCAGGUGGACCUGGGCUCCAGUCCCACCUAUGCCCCAUACUGGCUGUGCGACCCCCACUGGGCCACCCACUUAGGCUCCUUACUAUUAGAACAAGCAACUUUCUACAGAGGAGGCGCUGACCUCACCUGAGAAUUAUCUACCCCACUGAAAUCACAGGUCUGGAGCCUUAUAAUUGAUCACUAUGUUACUUAUUAUUGAAUUCUUUUUUUCCUCACAUUUUGCACAUUUUCUCAUUACAAGAAAUUCUAUGUGUGCUAUGGAGCUUAGGAGAGACAUUAGGCUUGACUAUAUGGAUCUGGGAAUCAUUUGCAUAGAGUUAAGAGCUAAUGGUAUUGCUGAAUUAGCAGAGAGAGAGAAAGGGGCUCAUAGCAGACCCUGGGGCUAUAUCAACAAUGGAGACCCAAGAUGUAGCCCCCUUAACUCCCAGCCAUCUGCUGACUUGAAAGAAGAAUCUUCAGUAAACCUCACUGGGGUACACAAGUUUGUCCAUGGUCUGUUUCUCAUCUCAGGCCUAACCCUGGCUUCCUCUGCUUAAAUAAUAUGAAAAAUGAGCAAGAGAGCUUGAACAAGGUUCCCUUUCCUUUAAAAAAAAAUAUAGACUUAGACUAAAACAAAUUUCAGAUGUCUGAAACCUAUGGGCAAUUGAACAACUUCAUUUUGAGUCAUUGUCCACUGGAUAACUUCAAAUGGUCAAAACCUAACUAUUACCAACAACCAUUUGAAAAAAAAAAUCACUCACUAAAAAAUCUGUAUCACUAAUAGAAACACAUUAAAAUCACACUGAAAUAUGACUUUAUACAUUAAACUGGUAAAAAAAAUGGAAAUUACAGGGGCUGUGAGCACUUGUGAAAGCUACGGAAUGAUCCAAAUAUCCUCUGGAAAAACGUCAAAUUAUGCAAAAAAAACCCCACCCAACAACAACAACAACAAAAAAAAAAACAGCUACUGAACUGAACCUUCCCUUUGACCCAACAGUCCCCAUGACUGUUUAUACCUGCCAAGGAGUUUGUUGACAGGCUACAUCACGUCUCCCAAAAGUCAUGGCAGCACUGUCUGUCAUAGUGGUAUAUGAAUGUAAUGGGAUAUUAUUUUUUUAGAAGAAAACAACAAACAUGAAGGAUUCCUAAAACAAGAAAUAAAAAAAGAAAUAAAAAAUCAGGAAAACAGUCCACAUGACAACAAACCAAAAUAAACCAACUGUAAUUUUAAUAACCAAACUUGGUGCAAGAAG